UUCGUGCUUAAUGAUUGCGCUUUUCUCCAGCUAUCAUACAGGUGGUGGCCUACAAGUUAGUACAGUGGACUCUGGAUUGAUUGAGUGACAAAAGACAGCAUGUGUGGUGAGUCACAUUGGAGAGCAGCACAGAAUACAGCAAGAAAGAAGGCAAAGCUUGAUGAGACUGGCCUUGAAAUUGCAGGAUGUCGCCAUGGACUUUCUCAGUGGGCAGUAAACAUGUAUCAGGGUGAAAUAUAUGGUUAUGCCCAUUUCAUUCAGACCAAAAAAAUGUAUCCUGCUGGAGUAAAGUUCUUCUGGGAAGAUGUUGUGUGCAAAUACUGGAAGUGGGCCGGCAAAGUUGGAGGAUUGAAGGAGCUCAAUAUGAAACCAGCCCUCUCUGUUAUGCAUGCCAAGGCACACAAACGGACUUGCCAAGUAUUAUGGGGUGGUCGCUGGCAAGUUGGCAGUGCUUGUUCAACAGGAGAAGAAGUGGAGCAAAUCAAUUCUUACAUGUCCUGUUGUGGCAAUACAACAAAGUAUAUGCUUCCUGAAGGCCGUGAUGAAGUCCUUACAGAACAUGCCAUUGCAUGGAACAAGAGAAAGAUUUGUGCUAUGCCAGCAAUGCUUGUCAAAAGAUUUGCAAGGGUGGUGGAAAUGUGUCAUGCUUCUAAGAAGGAUUGUGAUAACAUUCUUACUGAAUAUAAUUUGAACUCGGAUAAAAAUCUGAACAUUGCUAAGUGGAAAGAGGAAGUCAUUGAGCAAGCCAAAGAUGAUCAUAGUCAGAUCAUCAUUCCCAUUCAUUCUUGGGGUGCAGAGGGCACUGUCUGGACUUGGCAAUUUCCUUUGCACAUCAGCCAAUCGACAAUUGACGGAAGGAAUGGCAGCAAUGCAUGCAGUGUCAUCGCUUUGCUGAUUGCUCAAGGAAUUCACCAAGUCCGCUGUGAUCUCAAACCCUUUCAGUUUCUUCCUAAGGAUUGGGUGUCAUUGAUAUGUGGAUGCAUCAAGGUUGGGAACGCUCUGUAUGACCAUUCGCGUGCCAGUCUGCCUCAGAGAUAUUUGUCCGCUGCAGAAGCUGCUAUGGUAGCUGGUGAUUGCUUGAAUGUCUCCAUUUCGGAACCACUGCCUGUCAGAGUGUGCGAUGUCCAUGGACAGUCAACACUGAAGCAUCACCUUUUUGAACUUUGCAACGUCAGCACUGUCAGUUAUGCGCUUUUCAUUGUUAAUGAAAAGACAGUGUUGUUCGUUGGUGCCCGAAAUGAAUUUUUAAUCUUUGUGGACAGUCAUGUACAUGGACAUCACGGUGCCAUCAUUGCGUUAGGCAAACCACUCUACGUAGACGAUUUCGUGGGGGUAGUUAAAGAGUUUCUUGGGAUUGACAGUGAGACCUUUGGAAAUUUUGUCAAUAUAUCAUUCUAAGUGUACCAGGGGCGACAAAAGCAUUUCAGACAGUUUGGUGAAACGAGUGUCAACUUCAAUAUUUUCAUUUUUGCACUUCAACUCCCGUGUAGAUUUUGAGCCAAACCCCCCCACCCCCCUCCCCCGUUCCCGUUUUCAAUGUUGUGCAGAAACGAAGCACCUCUUGCAGAUAGCAAAUCCAACAUUGUUUUUGGGGAGAGGGUAAUAUCAAAGAGUUGAGGGGUGAGAUUUCUCCCAAAUACACAGGAAUAGUUAUUAUUUCAGAACUGUUAAACUUCGUGAUACGACGAUGUGUAUGAAACAAGGUUCUUAGCUUUACUAAAGACUUUUUACGUAGAUUGGCAUAGAGUUGCCAAUGAAAUCCAUACAUUUCCUGUAUUUAAUACAACCUUAAUAAGCUACAUUCUUGUGCAUAAAUGGUCUAGAAUAGUUAAAAAAAAAAAAAGUCAAAAGCCCUUUGGUUCCAUAAAAAAAUACUUUGGCUGCUUGUUUGCCCUCCUUGGCCUUGGUUCGAUUUUAUAACAGUACUUCGUAUUUAUUUUAUGUUCGCGAUGUUUGCUUUAAAUAAAGGUCAUUACCUAG